CCAAAAUGGCCGGAGCCGAGGGAGACGACUCGCUGUAUCCUAUUGCAGUCUUAAUCGAUGAAUUAAGGAACGAAGACGUCCAGUUACGCCUGAACAGCAUUAAAAAGCUGUCCACUAUUGCUUUGGCCCUGGGUGUGGAGAGGACACGCACAGAGCUCUUACCCUUCCUUACUGACACUAUUUAUGAUGAGGAUGAGGUGCUCCUUGCCCUGGCUGAGCAGCUUGGUAACUUCACCGAGCUGGUUGGCGGCCCAGAGUAUGUGCAUUGCCUUCUGCCACCACUGGAGAGCCUGGCCACAGUAGAGGAGACGGUGGUUCGUGACAAGGCUGUGGACUCACUGCGCAAGAUCUCACAGGAACACUCUCCCGUCGACCUGGAGGUUCACUUUGAGCCCCUGGUGAAGCGGCUGGCCAGCGGUGACUGGUUCACCUCACGCACCUCUGCCUGUGGUCUGUUCAGUGUCUGUUACCCUCGCGUCUCCAGCGCGGUCAAGGCUGAGAUUCGCCAGUACUUCCGUACCCUUUGCUCCGAUGAUACCCCCAUGGUCCGGCGGGCCGCUGCCUCCAAGCUGGGCGAGUUUGCCAAAGUCCUGGAGCUGGACUACGUCAAGAGUGACAUCAUUCCACUGUUUACAGCACUAGCCUCUGAUGAACAGGACUCUGUGAGGCUUCUAGCAGUCGAAGCUUGCGUCAGCAUUGCCACGCUGCUGCCCCAGGAAGACCUUGAGACCCUCGUGAUGCCCACACUGCGCCAAGCGGCGGAAGAUAAGUCAUGGAGGGUUCGCUACAUGGUGGCGGAUAAGUUCUCAGAGCUGCAAAAAGCAGUCGGCCCAGAGAUCACCAAGAACGACCUGGUCCCAGCGUUUCAGAGUUUACUGAAGGACUGUGAGGCAGAAGUUCGGGCUGCAGCAGCAAAUAAGGUCAAAGAGUUCUGUGAGAAUUUGCCAGAAGACAGCAGGGAGACCAUUAUUAUGACUCAUGUGCUGCCUUGUGUCAAGGAGUUGGUGUCGGACACAAAUCAGCAUGUGAAGUCUGCCUUGGCUUCUGUCAUCAUGGGUCUCUCGACGAUCCUGGGCAAGGACAACACCGUGGAACAUCUGCUCCCCCUUUUCCUGGCUCAGCUGAAGGACGAGUGCCCUGAGGUGCGUCUGAACAUCAUCUCCAACCUGGAUUGUGUAAAUGAGGUGAUUGGCAUUCGCCAGCUCUCUCAGUCCCUGCUGCCUGCUAUAGUCGAGUUGGCGGAGGAUGCCAAAUGGAGGGUGCGUCUCGCCAUCAUUGAGUACAUGCCACUGCUGGCUGGCCAGCUGGGAGUGGAGUUCUUCGAUGAGAAGCUGAAUUCGCUCUGCAUGGCAUGGCUGGUAGACCACGUUUACGCCAUCCGUGAGGCUGCUACCUGCAACCUAAUGAAGCUAGUGGAGAAGUUUGGAGCCGAGUGGGCCCAGAACACCAUCGUUCCCAAAGUCCUCGGCAUGGCCAACGACCCGAACUACCUGCACAGGAUGACCACACUCUUCUGCAUCAAUGCUCUCUCUGCGGUAUGUGGGCAGGACAUUACCACCAAGCACAUGCUACCUGUUGUCGUGAAGUUGGCCAACGACCAGGUUGCCAAUGUGCGCUUCAACGUGGCCAAAAGUCUACAGAAAAUGGGACCAGUUGUAGAAAGCAGCGCCCUGCAGGCAGAGGUGAAACCGGUUUUAGAGAAGCUCGCGACAGACCAAGAUAUGGACGUAAAGUACUUUGCUCAGGAAGCUUUAAGUGUUCUCGACCUUGCCUGAACAUCUCUAGGUUUCCAGAAAGCAACCACGGUGAAGCAAGGCGUGUUGCGUUCUAUUUAUUGCUGGUUUCAAAAUAUGUAUUGAUGUCUGUGUAGGUUCUUACUUUACAUUUAAUGAUAUUGAAUGAACAAAGGGUGCACCACUCUCCCGCUGUAAAACACUGCGUCAUUCCAGCGUGGCUUCUGGAUUUUAGUCGGACUAUGAUUUAUUUUUUACACUUUACACUUGUACUGUUGUGUUCAUCUAAGGAAAAUCAGGAUUUGCUUGUAUUUUCAGCAACCUGGUCAGAGAUUGGAAACCUGAAUAAAUGCGAAAUCCUGUACGGUCAGUGUUUUAGAUUAAAAUCGGGCCUCUGUGUUGGAUUCUCCUUAUAUUGAGCCUUAUGGAGGAAUCUUUGCUAGAGUUUAGAACAUACCAGCUUUAAGGCCCAGACUGGAGCUCAUGCUUCUUUACUGAUUGGAAUAAAAUGACUCGGCAUGUUGUGCUGUUUAACACGGGACCAUUGCUAAAUUUUGAAUUUCUCUGCAACUUGUCGUGCAUCAUUUUGCUAAUUGGGCAUCGAGCUUGUUCUUCGUUCUGUUUAAUAAUGUGCUGAUUUAUGUUGCACAGCUUUUUUUUUACUUGUUUCUUUGAAGCCUGACCAAGGGAAACAUGCCUCAGGUUUUAACCCUGUAGUCGCUGUGGGAAGAUGGCGAUGUUUUGGUGCUUCUGUGUCCGCCAUGCAUCAUGCCCAUUAGGUAACAGUGCUGAUGGUCGAUGGGAGAUGGGAUAGCGCUCACUAUUGGAAUGUGAUAAACGCUGGGCUCGGAUCCGUGUUCUAGUUAAGUGAUUAAAAUAUCACACAGACAACCUCUGGCUGCUAACAGCUAAAAAGUGGGAACAAAUGUAUUAUUUUACUUGUCUUAGCACCUCAAAGCAGGACUGCACAGCCGUAACAUCAGAUCCUGAGGACACCUUUUGUUCAUGUAGUAUCAUAAGAAUUCAUUUUUAAACAACUUGCUGUACUUCGGAACUUAAUAAAGUGAUUAAACUGGA